GUUUUGGUGGAUUUAGCACGUACUAACUAAGCUCGGCAAAGGAUCCGAAAAAACAGGGAUUAGACUAUUAAAUGAAACAGUCCCAGCUAGAGCGAGAAAUAUUGUUCGAUGUCAGAAGUACAGACCGACGGUGUCCGAGAGUUCGAGAGUCCGCAUAUCCGCCGCCUCAUUCCUUGAUAUGGAGGAGAGAGCCGUUCGAUGGGGGGCAACGGUGGAGAUGAAAAUUAUGAAAUCGUUCGUCUGAACUCAUCGGAGGUGGUGGUCCUGUGUCCACUGCAAAAUAGAGUGCAACUGUGGUGCCAUUAGACCUCGAUGCCGUGAGUCCAAGAACUGGUUGUAAAAAAAAACCCCCAACGCGGAUGUACGGUGUUUGUGCGAAACUGUGUGCAAUCGUAAAAAAAGCGUGAAAAUUACUGCGACAAAUUGCUAUAAACAUUGUGUUGUAAAACAAACUGACUGGGGCUCCCAAUACUCCCCCAUCCCGUAGGGAACGUUUUUCUGUAGUAAAAGUAUUGCCACAUACAAUAACACAAGGGCCAGGUGCAUGCAGUUUUCGGUUCGGAUUUGCUCAGCAAUCCAUUUUCACAAUUCAUCGCAGUGGGCCCCCGUUUCCAUACACUAAACACUAGCAACACCCCAACCUGAGCGAUGUGGGUUGCUAGAUAGCGGCGGAACCGUACACGCAUGCUGGACACGACCAGGAACAAAAAAAGGUGAACAGCAAUAAUUGGGUCAAUUUUUGGGCCACAUCGGACAACGGUCAUCAUAAUUCCUAAGCAUUACGGAACAUUAAACGUGAACAUUACACGGUGCCCGCCUACCAGUCCCGGUGAUGACAACCGGAGGGACCCGAUUGUUUGGUGCAGAUAUCGCUCCAUUCUGACAAGCAGCAGAGUGUAUCCGCCCCUGCCAUUCGAAUACGGCAACAACAGCCUCGCGAUACGCAGUGUGAUAAUCGAACUGUGCUCAGUGGAAGCUAUGGAAAAACGCGAUCGUCCGAAAGAGCGAUCCGGUGGUGUGUAGUUGGACGGUGGUGGCUCCGGGAACCUGGAACGUGAAUCGGAACUACAGACACACACACACACACACACACACACACAAUGCCAUCAUCAAGAGGCUUCUACGGCUACUAGACGUUAGGAGGCGUAGGAGACGUCCCGGAUACCGCUCCCUCCCAAAAAAACAAGGGACUAACUACUAUCCGGCUGUCAAUCUUAGUGAACCUUAGUAGCCAGUAAUCCUGGUUGGCAAGGCAACGCACAAAAACAUCUCAACCACCCCCCGGUAAACAAUUAACGCAGCUGUGGACGGAAAUGUGUCUAUGAUGAGACUGUCGAAGGUGUCGCCGAAGAAAUGCUUUUUUCUUGUUUUAUGUUUCGCCGUACUGAUAUUAUUAGUGUUCAACUUAAGGGAUAAAGAUUGGAGUACGAAAUCGCCACAUGUGCUAUAUGCGAGGGAUGAAUACCAGCUGGAUGAAACGAAUCGGCGGCACGAGCCAUCCGUUACGACCGUCGAAACAGUCGAUACAGCUGAUCGUGCUGACAAGGAGAACGAUAUCGCCGACUACGGCAAGUCCCGGUCGGACGAGCGGCCUAAGGACACGCUGACCGCCACCGAUCUGCCAUGGUACUUCUCGCAGGGUAUGCGAUACCCGAAGCCGGCGAGGCGCAACCGCAAGACGAACAAGCGGCUGGCCAGACUGUUGCCGGGUGAAACGUCGCGCGGUGAUCGUAUCAGCAACCAGCUGAUGUUCGUACCGCCCAACUACGAGACAAUCAAACGGAAGGGCAAGCUGAAAACGAUCCUGCUGUACAACGGGCUUAGCCCGUGGAACGUGAAAGCCGGCCGGGACGUGUUUCUCAGCUCCAAGUGCCCCGUUUCUACCUGCGCGAUUACGGCGCAGCGGGAAAAGGCCACCACCGCCGAUCUGGUGCUGUACAAGGAUCACUACAUCCCGCCAUCGGUGCCCCGAUCAGCGUACCAGAUCUACAUGAUGUACUUUCUGGAGUGUCCGUACCACACGCAGCACGUCAAAUAUCCGGACGUGUUCAACUGGACGGCUACGUACAGGAAGGAUAGUGAUAUAGUCGCACCGUACGAGAAGUGGGAAUACUUCGAUCCUCGCAUCCGACAGGUGGAGCAGGAUCGGAACUAUGCGCUCAACAAGACGCGCAAGGUGGCCUGGUUCGUUUCGAACUGUGGUGCACGCAACGGACGCCUUCAGUAUGCGCACGAGCUGCAGAAAUACAUCCAGGUCGACAUUUAUGGUGCCUGUGGAACGUUCAAGUGUUCCCGCAGUACGGCGGAGCGCUGCUUCGAGAUACUGGACCGUGACUACAAGUUCUAUCUUGCCUUCGAAAACUCCAACUGCAAGGACUACAUCACGGAAAAGUUCUUCGUCAAUGCCUUAACGCGCAACGUGCUGCCGAUCGUGAUGGGUGCCCGGCCGGAAGACUACGAGGCCAGCUCGCCCCAAAAGUCCUACAUCCACGUGGACGAGUUCGGUUCGCCGAAGGAGCUGGCCGAAUAUCUGCACCUGCUCGACCGGAACGACGAGCUGUACAACUCGUACUUCAAGUGGAAGGGUACGGGCGAAUUCAUCAACACGUACUACUGGUGCCGGGUGUGCGCGAUGCUGCACGACGAAGCCUCCUUCCGGCGGCCCAAAUCGUACGACGACAUUAACGAAUGGUGGCGCGGACCGGGCGUCUGUACGAACGGCUCGUGGCGCAACUUCCGGGCGCGCAAUCCCGAAAAACCGGCCGCCGAUAGCCGAUGAGCAAACACGCGCGCGCGCGUGGUGAAGAUGUAUUAUAGCAAAGUUCCUUUCUUUUUUUCGAAUUUUUAAUGGCUUGCGGGAGUGCAACCGUACUAGCAGCGAGAGGGGGUUGCAUGGGGUCCCGCGAGUCCUUACCAGGGUUUUUUAGUAUUCUUUUCUCGAAGGACAGUUUCGUUUUGAACACGUUGUUUAGCAGAUUAUUUGAACAUUACACGAGGCGGACGUGUGUCUAAUGAUUGCUGAAGCAGAAGGGAGAGUAGCAGUUGCUCAUACCAGUAUUACGUACGAGCGCGCGCUCGACUAGCUAGAAUAGUGGCGGGAAUGGGAAAUGGAGCGGCUGAGAUGGCAGUGUGUGGGAAAGUGCAGGAAGGAACUUCUUAGCGGUCUUUAGAGCGAUUUUUGAAUCUACCAAGAGCGCGCCGGAAGGCGGCUGGCUGUAAGUAAAAAUUGUGUUACUUAAACUAUUUUUCAAAUACAUUAUCUUUUGAUCGAUGUAGAUAAAACAGAA